AUGUCAACCAUUGUUUCUAUUCCGCUUGUUUUCAACUGUGGCGCUGCCCUUUAUCAAAGACGUUAUAACCGACUACAUAAAUCAAUUAGUGGACUGUCAUACGAUUUCUACGUGCUCAGUUUCACUUCUUAUUUCCUGAGCGUGUACAGUGGACUGAACUAUUUUUUUUCAACGCUACUGCACAAACAGCUUUUCCGGCGCUUCCCUAUAUUCUUCGAACGAAACGCAAAAGAGAUCCCUGUAUCUGCGACUAUUCUCCUGACUGACAUUGCCAACCUAAUAUGUACGAGUGCCGUGCUCAAACAGCUUUUUGAUUAUAGAUCAACUAGACGCGAAACUCAAAAUGUUUCGCUUAUUUGCACCAUCAUAGUAGCCGCAUGCGCCGUCUUUACUGUUGUCACAUAUGAAUGCGCAACCUGGUAUUUACCGGACGGAAACAGCGGAAGAUUCGGCGUGUUUUAUCUGGACCAUGUCAAUUAUUCCUGGAUACUAGCCACUCUUCUCUCAAGUUUUCGACUGUUGCCCCAGUUGACUGUAAACUUUAUGGAAAGAAGUACGCAAGGGAUCUCCUCCAAGUUCGUGGUUUUGAGCACCUUAUCUGCGGCAUCUCAGCUCAUCGUAGAGAUCUGUUUUAGACGAAAGUCGCACCCGUACAUGCCACUUAAUGGUAAACCGCUCUUUGAAUCUCUACUAAACUUGCUUCUUCUGCUAGCGGUAAAUUACCAAGUUCACCAUGUAUACUGGAACCAAGGUCAUAGCCUUGUGAAGCGCACAGUGUCAAGGAUGUCAUAA